AUGCGCGCCGAGGGCGGAGCCGCUGGGCGAAGAACCGGAAACUCGGAGACAAAGUUCCGAGCUCCGCCCCUCGCGUCGCUGCCCCGCCGUCUGGCCCCCGCGGACCCGCGACCCGCCACCCGCUUCCGACCCGUCUGCCCGGCUCUCGCGCGCACCAUGUCUGGUUCCUCCAGCGUCACCGCGAUGAAGAAAGUGGUUCAGCAGCUCCGGCUGGAGGCCGGGCUCAACCGUGUGAAGGUUUCCCAGGCAGCUGCAGAUUUGAAACAAUUCUGUCUGCAGAAUGCUCAACAUGACCCCCUGCUGACUGGAGUAUCUUCAAGUACCAAUCCCUUCAGACCCCAGAAAGUUUGUUCCUUUUUGUAG